AUGGCCUGCAACAACAUCUGCCGACCCUGCGGACCCACCCCGCUGGCCAACAGCUGCAACGAGCCCUGUGCCCUGCAAUGCCAGGAUUCCCGCGUCAUCAUUGACCCUGCCUCUGUGCUGGUCACCCUGCCAGGACCCAUCAUGACCUCCUUCCCCCAGAGCACCGCUGUCGGAUCCACCUCCUCAGCUGCCGUGGGCACUGAGCUCAGUGCCCAGGGACAGCCAAUCUCUGGUGGAUUUGGUGGCUUUGGCCUUGGCUAUGGCCAUGGAUUUGGCUAUGGGCUGGGCUAUGGUUGUGGAUUUGGCUAUGGGCUGGGAGGCCUGGGCUGCUAUGGCAGAAGGGGCUAUGGCUACAACUGCUGA